AUGCUCGCCGUCAAAUCGCUUUUGUCUCCCAAACGACACCCCCCAUCCUCUUACGAUGGCGACCUAGAGAGUAAUUGGGAAAACAUAGAGUUUUACCCCGAGGACCAUGUCUACUACAACGCAUACAACGACGCCUCUCGCACGCUCAACCACCCCAACGAGACUCUCAACAUCAAACAAGCUUCUCGAUGGGGCUAUUGCGCCUCAAGGGAGUCCACUCCUAGGAAACGAACCAAGAUGUCCCAUGUGCCGUACAUUUCGCCGUCGCACAAGAAGCUUUCUUCAACCUUUGUGGAUGACGACGAUAAUCAUGACAGCUAUGAGUCUACUUCUUCUUUGAAGAGUCUCCUUGCUCAAAAACAAGUGACACCGAAUCUAGACGAGAAGAUGGAUUCACUCCAACCAGGCUUCAUCCUUCCGCCUCCCCGCAAGUCAUCUAUCUGCCACCAGAUGGGUGCCAAAAAGACCCUCCCGGAAGGCCUCCUUGUCUCAAUCGCCAUCACCAACACUGGCAUCUUCAACAACCAGGUCAUCUUCCGCGUCCUUUACACCUACUGCCCUCUAUAUGAGUCUCCUCCCUUUCGUGUGUCUACCUACCGGACCUUCUACGAGCUGUACGACUAUCACCUCCGUCUUUACCGAGAUCAGAAGGGAGAGGUGGAUGAGGAAGCUCGGCGUCGGAUGCUCGACUUUCCGCGGCCGAUUGAUGGCUUGGACGGCUGGGAGAAGACCGACUAUCGCUUCAAGGGCUUGAACCUGUACUUCACCAACCUCUUGAGAGUCCCUGUGACUAUAGGGACAAGCCAUUUGCUCGACCAUCUUGUCACACGACAAUUCUUGGCUGUACGACCAGGAGAUCGCGUCGAAAUAGUGGGUAAAGCGCAGAUGGGACUGGACUGGGAAAGCACGUUGGAGAGAAAGAAGAUGGCGAAGAAGGGUCUUGAGAACGAAUCACGCGUGGAUGCCGUUCUGAGAGAGGAUUCCGCCAUCACGCCAGCGCCUCAAAAUGCCUCUCUUGCUGUCAAACCGUCAACGCCCGCUGAACGCCACUCUGUACAACCAAUCCUCGCCUUUCCCAUCCCCUUCGCCCCCUUGUCCCCUCGUUCAUCCGCGCCCGCAUCUCUACAGUCUCCUAUGCUUGAAGACAUUCAAGGACAAGACUCGGCUCCACACACCCCAACGCAUCGCUCGAUCGUCUACUCCGUGACCUCCCUCUCCCCUCAGACUCCUACCACGCCCACCGCCGCUCAAUCCGUCGCCAUCAUCGAAACAGCUAUCCACAACCCCAACCACGACAAGGAACUACUCCCGGUCUCUUACACCACUCAGGAUGACAGACGCGUGGACGAUGGUCUGGGAUUCGCCCAUAUACUACUGGUCGAGAGGAAUACGUGGAAGACCUGGCAGGUGUUGGUAGAUGUUGAUCUACCGUGGGAAACGAUCUUCGGCAGGCUUUACGAGGUCAUCAGUGCUCCUCUUGGUAGCAAAAUGCUCAAAGGAUUGGUACAUGGAGGUAGUAAGAGUGGAGAAAUACAUGCGAGGGAGAUCUUGCUGAGUAACGGGAAGGUCUUUGCCGAAUGGGUAAAGGAGGCGCAAAAGUUCUUGUUGUUGACCAUAUGGGUCGAGGAGUCACGAUGA